GCCGCCCGCCCCGCGACCCGCCCGGGCUGAUUGGCGUGUGGUGGCGCCGGGGCCGCCUCCACCCUCCCGCGGUUCGCACAACUUUUGCGGCUGAAAGCGCGCUCGCAUCCCGCUCCUCUCGCCGCCGCCCUCGGCCCGGCGCCCGGCAUGUGAGCGCGGGCGGCCGCCGCCACCAUGGCCUCACCGCGCACCCCGCGGUGGCCGCCGCCGCUGCCGCUGGUGCUGCUACUGCUGCUGCUGCCACCGCCCGCCACCCCCAGGAUGCGGGGCCCCCUUCUCUCCCCGGCCAACCACGCGCUCCUCCAGGCCGUGGGGCCGCCUUCGCCGCUUGGCCCCGGACACACGGCCCCCGGGCCCGGCGUCACGACCCGGCGGGGACGGUCUGGCCGGAUCCCCAGAGGCGUGAACGAGGCCUCGGAGAGCCUUCCCCGGUCAUCCAGCAGUUCCAGGUCAGAAGGAGGAAUCACGGUUUCUCAGACAGAGAGUGGAAUAUCCCCAGGCUUCCUGGAGACGGCAAGGGAACUCCCAGAAGAAGGGACUGUGCACACACAAGUGGCUGGCAUUUGGGUUUCCAGCCAAGCCUCCCUUCCUGCUUUGGAACUCAGGGAACCAACCAUGCUCUCCCAGAAGAGAAAUUCAUCAGGCCAGGAGCACUCCGGGCUGCGAUUCCCUCAGACCCAGAGUCAACCUCCUCCCUCAGGCCAUCCCUCGUCUUCUGGAAGUAUAAAGAAUUUUACCGACUCCGCUAAUCUCCAAAGCCUGUCAGUCACUCAGACAAAGAGUACACAUGUCACCAACACAUUCACUGAUGGUGUCACCAGAAUGCUCCGGUCUUUGACUGUCAGCGUGGAACCCAUAAAUGAGACAGAGAGCUUGCCUGUGCAUUCCAGAAUUGCCGUAACGUCAGCCUCAGUCCCUUCUCCACCCUCUGUGGGUGAAUCCAGGACAGACAGCAGACUCACUGAGAGGCCUGGAGACGGAGAAGGCAUUGAGCCAUCUAUAGAAAAUGGAGUUGGAAUUCCAUCCAUACACUGGCAAAGUGAUUCCCCCACCUCUGGAGGACAUCAGCUCGCCGGCAGCCCCGAAGCAGGAAAAGGCAGUGCCAAGCCUCUGACUGAGGUAGCUUUUAGGCCAGUCCCCUCCAUUGCUGAUGGAGCGAGCACAGGACAGUGGUUCCUCGCCAAGAGCAAAACGUCUACAGAUACCGCAGAGAGAUCUGCUUCACAUCCAGACACAAGGAGCCCUUGGGUUCGGACUCCGUUCUCACACACUGCACAGCAGCCCCGAGGUGGUGGCUCACGGCUGGGUAGGAAGAAUUUCUCAGAGUCUUCAUCUUCAGCUUCCUCGGAAAGUCUGGAUUCCUCAGCCACACGUGGAGAACAUUCAAUUCCAGAAGACAGUUUGCUGCUGAGCGACAGCCCGGACCGGGCAGGGAGCGCUUCAGGGGUGCGGUCCCCACACAUGCACACGUCUACGAUGCUCACCCGGAGCGGGGAGCGCACGCUGCGGUCCCUCGGACUCUCACACGCCGCUACGCACCCCGUGCACCCCACUCUGCGUGGGAACGUGACGGAGCACGCGGGCCUGCUGUCCCGGGCACCUACCCUUGGAGUCACUGAGCUGAACCACGGGCCAGAGCAUGGCACAGAUGCUGAACAAGGGCCUUCCAGUGACCACACAGACCACGCCUAUGCCUCGUCUGCUUUCACCAAAGGAGAGCGGUCAUUACUGUCCAUUACAGAGAACUCUUCCUCCUCAGAAACCAGCGAGAGUGCAACCUCUUUUGCAACCUCAGACUCUCCACGCGUAGACUUUUCUUCUUCUUCUCAGGGGCAGACUAAAGAAAAUAACGCGUCCUCCUACAAUGGCGAACCUGCACAGUCUUCCACAGAGUCGCUGGUUUUGCAUCCAUCCAACCUUCCGUCCUCCGCAUCCACCGUGAAUAUGCCAAACACCCUGGUUCUUGAUGCCCGCACUAAACCUGUUGAGGACCAAUCCGAGUCAGAGGCCCCUUGGCUCCUUCCCUCAGAGUCACCGCCCCGCUGGUUUUCAGCCACUGUGCCAUCAAAGGGGUCUCCCACACAGCAGCUAAAGUCUACCUCCGACACAGCCACGCCCUCGUCAUCCUCACCGUCACCUUUGCCUGUCUCCUUCAUGGUGUCAACCCUCACCCCACACUCCGUCUCACAAGCAACCUUCCCACGCUCAUCUUCUACCCUAGUCCCCCACAGGGCGAAGGAGCCACGCGUAACGUCGGUCCAAAUGUCCACAGUGGAAUCAGCCAUAGCCAUGUUCCCUGGUAACCAGACAGCAGACCCCAAGAACCAGAGCGCCCCGCAGCCAGAGAAAGCCAUCACAGAAGCACACUCACCACGCCUGGUGUCUCUGCCCACAGAUCCUACCCAAGCAGUAACGAUGAGCCUUCCUUCAGGGACCCCUUGGUCCCCAGCCUUAAUGGGGUUCUCCACAGAGCCAGCCCUCCCAGCCACCAGCACCAGCUUAGCCCAGAUGUCUCCAACUUUGAUGUCUUCCACUUCCCAGACUACCCACUCUCCUGCCACCAGCCCCAGCACCCUGUCGAACACAGAAGCUUUGACUCCGGGAGUCAUGGUUGUGCACAUUACCCCUGAGAAACAGCACCUGCCGACCAGUCCUGAAAUUCCAGUGUCACAGACCUCCACAGAAGGGGACCUCACCACAGAAGGGAACCGGGGGCAAAUGGGUCCUACCACCUCUGCUGUCCCUCCAACCACUACACCCACAUCAGCAGAUGCUACCACAAAGCUUGACCAGGCGGAAGAGGCCAGCCCGGUUUCACCUUCUCUCAGACCAUCUUCCCCUCAAACUACAAGUGUUUCUAAGGCUGAAAUGUUGACGUCCAAAUAUACCACCGCCGCUGCUCAGAGCACCCCAGAGUCACCAACAGCGCAGCCACCUCCAGCCCCAGUCAACAGCUGCACCGUGAACCCUUGUCUUCAUGAUGGCGAGUGCAUCGUGGACCUCACCGUGAGUCGUGGGUAUCGAUGUGUGUGCCCACCUGCCUGGCAAGGCGACAACUGCAGUGUGGAUGUGAACGAAUGCCUCUCGAGCCCCUGUCCGCCCCUAGCCGUGUGCAACAACACUCAGGGGUCCUUCACCUGCAGGUGCCCGGUUGGCUAUCAGCUGGAGAAAGGAAUCUGCAAUCUGGUUAGAACCUUCGUGACUGAGUUUAAGUUAAAGAAGACUUUUCUCAAUACUACUGUGGAAAACCAUUCUGACACUCACGAGGUUGAAAACAAGAUCGCUCAAACCUUAAACUUGUGUUUCUCGACGUUGCCUGGUUAUAUCCGAUCUACAGUCCGUGUGUCUAGAGAGCCCAGCACAGUGGUGAUCUCGCUGCAGUCCACCUUCGCCCUGGCCUCCAACGUGACACUCUUUGACCUGGCUGAUGGAAUCCAGAAAUACGUCAACUCCUGCAGGUCCUCUGCUGAAGUCUGCCAGCUCUUGGGGUCUCAGAGGCGGAUCUUUAGAGCGGGCAGCUUGUGCAAGCGGAAGAGUCCAGAGUGUGACAAAGAGACCUCCAUCUGCACCGACCUGGAUGGCGUGGCGCUGUGUCAGUGCAAGUCCGGCUACUUUCAGUUCAACAAGAUGGAUCACUCUUGCCGAGCAUGUGAAGAUGGAUACAGGCUUGAAAACGAAACCUGUAUGAGUUGCCCGUUUGGUCUUGGUGGUCUCAACUGUGGAAACCCCUAUCAGCUCAUCACCGUGGUGAUAGCGGCAGCUGGAGGUGGCCUUCUACUCAUCCUGGGCAUCGCACUCAUUGUUACCUGUUGCAGAAAGAGUAAAAAUGACAUAAGUAAACUCAUCUUCAAAAGUGGGGACUUCCAAAUGUCCCCAUACGCCGAGUACCCCAAGAAUCCUCGCUCACAAGAAUGGGGCCGAGAAGCCAUUGAAAUGCACGAGAACGGGAGCACCAAAAACCUCCUGCAGAUGACAGACGUGUACUACUCGCCCACAAACGUAAGGAACCCUGAACUUGAACGCAACGGACUCUACCCGGCCUACACUGGACUGCCCGGAUCAAGGCACUCCUGCAUUUUCCCGGGACAGUAUAACCCAUCUUUCAUCAGCGAUGAGAGCAGGAGGAGAGACUACUUCUGAGUCCAGGAGGGAGAGGGGCCCAGUUUCUCUGAGCCACUUCCCCAGACCUCUGGCUCAGAGGACUGCACGGGGAGGGAGUGCCACGCACUAGCUGCUCCCAGGACUCGUCAGAGCCACACUUGAGGGGUAUGACCACAGUGGAAGGGGACAGAUGGAUGCGGAACCGCAGAGCGCUCGUUCAGCACUGUUAUCACUGUGAACAUGAACGUGGGCCAGUACCGAGUCUCCGAAUGUCCGGCGCGUAGAACUGGCUGACUUCCACAGGCGACCACUAGGCGGCAUCAUUUCCAGGCCCCGGUUUCCCCGUAAUUUGCACUUUAAUAGAUUGGGCAGGGAGGUUUCAUUUUUGACUCAUUCCCAGGCUGUUUCGGAAAGCCUUCCUUUCCUGGGAUACUUCUACAGGCCUCAGUUUGGUGAUUGACUGGCAGCCAGGUGCUGGCACUUUGGUUUUCCUGCCUGGUGCCUUGUGCUAAAGAACAGAUGGAGGUAAACAGACGGCUGUGACCAAGCGAUGCUGCAGCCAGGGCGUGGAAUUUUAAGGUUUCUAGGUUGCCUGUGCUCAUUUCCAAGCAAACACCCCAAAUGAGAACUUGACCUUUGCAAGGUGCAGCACACGGCUUCCAUUUGUUUUCUAAGUCAAGGUGACACGCUUGCUUACGGUUUAUUGAUCUUACUUUUCCCAGCAAGAAUGCAUCAGGGUAGAAUAGUUUUCAUCUGGUAUCGUUUCAUUAGGCGUGCCCAGCUGCCCCUUAGCGAGUCCCAGCAGGCAAUAUCAGGCCGGUCCUCCGUGUGGUAGGGUGGUUUUGAUCUAUGAGGGAAUAGCAUGGGGGCCUGGGACGCUGACGCCCAGCGUGGAGCCAGUCUGCGUGGCCAUAGCAGAAAAGGGAGAGGCGAUCUAGGGUGUCGCCACUGUAGUCCCCGCAGCGGAAUGUGGCAGAGGGCUGGACUGAAUAACCUGGCCUGUUUCCUGCAUCACCCAGCGUUUUGAGAAGCUGCGGGGUUUCCCCGAGGAAGAACAGGGAGCUAGGAGGGAGUCACAGGUAAGGGUGUGUGCCUUCUGAUCUUUGAACCCACAGUGUCCACAAACUCAUGGAAAGUUUUAACCACUAUUUACUCGCUGGAGAGGGAACUUGGGGAACACAAGUUUUGUGUCUUGUUUAUUGUAUUGUGGUGGGAGCCCUGUGUGUGUGUGUGUGUGUGUGUGUGUGUGUGUGUGUGUGUGUGUGUGUAGCGGGGGAGGCUCUGUGCCCUGUGGAACUACAGUCGUUUAUCAAGUGUGUGGAAUAUCCUGGAUUUGGAUGAAGAGGUCAAAGCAUUGCCCCCCCCCCCCGGUAGCUGGGAAUUCAGGGGUGCAUCUUUCUGGAAAUGGGGCAGCUGUUGGAAAUAGAUCUGUGUGUGUUUGUUUGGGGUUCUCUGGUUCCUCCGAAAUGUAUGCAGGUCCCCAGCCUGUUUUAAGUGUGCACUGUGUCCCAUAGUCUCCACUGCUCGGGACCAUUAGUCAGGUGCAGUGGGUUUUAAUCAUCAGAUGCACUCACUAGUACAGAGAAUUCUGUUGCUGUUGGCUGAUGCAUUGGCAUCUAGAAGCCAUGGGUCUCGCCUCUGCCCCACAGUGGAACUGGCGGCUCCUUGUACAUUUGUGAGCUCCUGUGUACCGCUUGCCUGAGCUCAGGUCUCCUGUGAGGUAGCCUGGUUCUAGCCCUUCCCUCCGUGUCCCUGUCUGUCCCCAGCCUUACUGCUGUGAGAAGAGCCAGUGUGGCGGCUGUCCCUAGGCACACUUCUAAUGCCUUCAGCUGGCAUCACAGCUGGUGAGCGCCUGUACAGGGCCAGAAGCCUCAAGCCCCACACCAUGAAAUUUUUCAGGAAAAAAAAAAUCCUGGGAGGAAUCCCAGUGUCCAGAAAAGUGUCCUGUGAAUCCAAAAGUGCUUGCUGGCUCAUAAGUUUGGUCCAAAUAGAGUUGAUAAGUUUAUUUCAUUUUGUUCCUUUUACUGUGGUAAAAAUGAGAGCGCCGAGCAAGGGUGGAUUUAUACUGAGUCUACCGUCUCGGGGAUGGGACUAGAGGUAGAAAGGCUGGAAGAAUUUGUAAAAGAGAUAGGACUUACCUGGCAUUCUCUGCCCACCGUGGGAGGAAUGCAGUGUCUGGGUGCUGUUCCCCUCGGGGUUACAUCCAGAUGGAGCCUGGAGACAGGACAUCGGCAGCCCGUGAGCAGGACAGACAGGAUGAACACACGCCUAGACAUGCAGACUCUCUGCAGGACACAGUGCUCACAGUCGGUCUGCACUCAGAACACAUAAUUCACAUGCGUAGAUAUGUCGCAGUCCUGCAUUUGGGUCCCAUGAUGAAGGAAGAGGAGAUGCUUGUUGCAGGAGAGCCAGGCCAGGCAGAACUUGUCUAUCCCUACGGGGUUCAGGAAUAAGAAAAGGGGUGCUUCUGGAAUCCAGUCUGAGCUCAGUGUAAAUGCCAAGGGAUCUUUUUUUUUUUUUUUUUUCAUUGCUCCACAAGGCAGCUCAUGACCUGGGGCCCAUCUCUGAAGAGGACAAGGAUAAAUAGCGUCAUGUGUUCCUGUGAGUCAAGCUCUAUGCAAGGUAUUUGGUGAUAGUUGAUGAUGAGCGUUCAGACAGGGGCCUGGGGAUGUAGUUCAGAUGGCAGAGAGCUUGCCUCGCAUGUGCGGGCCCUGGGUUUGAUCCUGGGCACCACAUAAACUGGGCGCAGUGUUACACUCCUGUGACCCCAGCCCUCAGAAAGUCAGAACGUCAAGGGUUUCCUGCAGUACAUGACACCUGUCUCAAAAAGGAAAUAUUAAUGUGUUUGUAGUUGGCAAGAAGUAUAUUGGUAGGUGGCUUGGGCUGCCAGGACUGAAAGGGAAUGGUCUAGGUGGGUUUUUUUGAUAAGCACAACCAGACUGAGGCGCCCACCUUGAGAGCUGCCUGCUUUAUUCUCAAAGUGAGGCCAUGGCUCCUGCAUAUUCAGUGUGUGAACCUGUAGGAGCUGGGAACGUAGCUGAGUGUCUGGGGUGCCGAAGGAGCUUCCUUAUUGGGGAGGUUAUUCUUAGAAGCACCUAAGUCUUAUUGAGCCAGAACUGGUGUAUGAUUGGUGCAGGCAAGCUGCCUGGUGGCAUUUUGAGGUCAAAGAUGACUAUUAUGGUCUAAAAGAGGAAGUCAUAAAGUUGGGCCACAGGAGACUGGCUGACGACCAAGAGUAAAGUCUUCAAAAAUGCUGCCUGUUCAAGUGUGGAACUCCAGAGAGGGCACACUAGGGUCACCCCUGGCACGUGGCUUUUGGAUGCCUCCUUAAGCCACCUUGCCCAGGAGAGACGUGCCAACGUCUCUGUAAUGUGGGACUGGGCCUAAAGCAGUAAAACUAUACAGCUAAGUUGUCCUUAGCUACGUGUCCCACAGUACACUCAAAACUAGGGGCUUUACACAUAGUUCUAAAUUUAUCUUGAUUCUUUUUCUUCAAGAUCAAAGCACUUCUUUGGGAAGAAGAAUACAAAGUUCUGUGUUUUCGUAUUUAAAACAGCCUGUAAUAGAAGAGACAUUGUAAUCUACCUGAAAGCUUUUGUUUUUAGAAAAGGACACACACAUCUCUCCUCCUCCUCCUCCUCCUCCUCCUCCUCCUCCUCCUCCUCCUCCUCCUCCUCCUCCUUCUUCUUCUUCCUCUUCCUCCUCCUCCUCCUCCUCCUCCUCCUCCUCCUCUUCCUCCUCUUCUUAUUCCUCUUCUUCCUCCUCCUCUUCCUCCUCUUCUUUCUCCCCCUCCUCCAGCUCCUCCUCCUUUCCCCUCCUUCUCUCCCCCCUCCUCCUCCUCCUGCAUGUACCAGGCAAGUGCUGUGCCAUGCUGUGAAGCCGCAUCACACCCCAGCCCUGUCAUUUCUUCUUUCCUAACAGUAUCAUUCUAAAGUACUCAUCAGUGUGUUAGGAGACAGAAAUGCUUUAGUAGCUUAUCGCUGGGUAUGUGUGCUCUUUCUUUUCCCAAAUCCCAAAGGGGAAAACAAUAGGAACAUUAAAGUUAAAAUAAUAACAUUAAACUUUUUUAAAUAAUUGGUUAAAAUAAUAGGAACAUUAAAGUAUUAAAUGCCAAUCAAUUCAUUGUACUUAAGUGACUCCACAGGAUUUCUCUGUGUAAUAGCCCUGACUGUCCUGGAACUCACUCUAUAAACCAGGCUGGCCUCAAACUCACAGAGAUUCACCUGCCUCUGCCUGAGUGGUGGGAUUAAAGGCGUGCGCCACCACCACCCAGUGAGGUAACACUUCUUUAUGUCUGAUAGAAGCUUUAGCCCACAGAGUAACCUAUGAAACCAAAGGGAGACAUUUAGGUAUGAGGAGAGGCAGGUCCUGGGCUGCACCUGUCACGUGGGCAUUUCCAAGGGACUGCCUGGUCGAUUAGGCUAUAAUUUGAAAUGAAGGGCUUGAUGCCCUUGUCCUGAAUUGUUGGGAAUGGGGUGAGAGUAGAGUGGGGUGGAAGUGGCUUGUCAGGGGAACUGAAUGCACUCGCUUGUCUUUGGGCAUUACCUAGGCCUGUUCUACAGAGAAAAUGACCAUUUCACCACGAGUUGCUGUGCGUGUGUGUGUGUGUGUGUGUGUGUGUGUGUGUGUGUGUGUUGCUGGCCUUACGGUUAAAUGGAGAUGAAACUGCAGUACGAACUCUGUUGCCAUUGUCCUGGGUUUUGUUCUGUACUCUUUGAAACCUGACACCCACGUUGACUGUGUGAAACCCAUCAUGAGAAUGUUAUUUAAAGUUGUAUUAUAAUGUCGCCUCCACUAAUUAUUCAGUACUGUAGCAGCAAAGUAUUAUUUGUAAGAAUCUGGUUAUUUUUAUACUUAUAUCCACUCUAAGUCUGGCGUUCUAGUCAGCAAAAAAAAAUUGAUGCAAUAAAAUUAAUAUCAUUCCCA